AUGAACGGCCCCACUAACGUCACCCUCGACUCCGCCGGCGACCGCUACUACAUCUGCUCCUUCGGCAGCCACUGCCAGCAGGGGCAGCGCCUCUCCAUUACCGUCAUCUCCUCCUCCGCCAAUCCUCCGGCAACCGCCACCCGGCCGACCACCCCGUCCCCCACUAACACUCAUUCAAAAGCCUGUGCCCCAACUCAGCCCAACGCCGGCGGACCUGCAGCUGCGCUGGACCAUCCGCGCAGAAUAAUUCAGGCUCCAUUGCUUUGGCCGCCGGUUUCUCGCUUAGUUUAUUGA